AUGCCUUCGCGGUCGCUAUCACUUGCCGAACAGAUUGCGCAGCUGUCAAACCCGGCGCCAGCAGAAUUCGACCCAGAAUCAGUACAAGAUCCAUACGCCUCCGACAACGAUGACGGCUCAGAUGUAGCCAGUGAAGCAGAUUCCAAUGCAGGGAGGGAACAUUAUGUCGAAGUAGGAAAGAGCAAACUUCGCAAAGACGAGGAUUUACAUCUACAUCCAAAAUACAAUGGAGCUACGAUAAGUCGGGACGACCUAUACGGAGAUGGAGGAUCGGACAAUGACGACGAGGAGGACGAGGAGAGUGAUGUAGAAGAAGGCGAUGAUGGCGAAGAUUCCGACGCGAGCGAGGAGGAUGAUCAUGAUUCUGAGGAUGGUGGUGUUAGGUUAUCUGUUUCGCCUGAGUCGAAGGCUGGGAAGGCUGUGAAGUCGAGGCAGGCUACAAUAUCUGGCUAUGAUGAUGAUGAGGGUAGCGAUGAGGGCAGCGAUGAGGGGGAUAUGGAAGAUAUGAGGUCGGAUGAGGAUAUGGAUGAGGACGAUGAAGAUGAAGAUGAUGAUGAGGACGAUGACGACGACGACGAAGAUAUGGACGACGAUGAUGACGAAGAUGCCCGGAAAUCUCAAAGGGACGAGCUUCGGAGCAUGAUGGCCCAAGAAAAAAAGGAUGUCGUGGCAAACUUGUCGCAAUCUGCGAAAGCUGACGCAGAUAAAGGUUUAGCUGUGCGCGGCCAGAGGGCUUUCUUCGACGAGUGCUUAAAAUCUCGAAUGCAAAUAAAAAAUGCUCUGAUAUCUGUCAACUCUCUGCCCAAAGAGCCGCUAGAUUCCUCUGAUGAUACCGUCCGAGCAGCCGAAGAUGCUGCAAUUGCGCUCUGGAAUACGAUAUCGCAACUGCGACAUGACCUCGUUAAGUCCCGAGAUGGAAAAGAUUCCAAGAAGGCAACGAAUAAGAGGAAACAUGAGGAUAUAACUCGGGAUACCAACCUAGACCAAGUUUGGGGAGCCAUGAAGAAGAUGGAAUCGAACAGCGCAGUAUAUCGAACUUCAACUUUAGAGAAAUGGUCAUCAAGAGUGCAAGCUUCAGCAAAUAUUGUUCCGACAUCGAAGAAGCUUAACCAAUCUACAACGGUGCAGACUAUAUCUUCUCAACUACGAGAGCAUCUUGUGGAUGUAUCUGGGGAAGUGGCCAAGUCCAAGGUGCCACAGGAGUCAGCACCGGUACAGAAGGCUCGAAAGGUCGACGAAGACGCAAGCAUCUACGAUGAUACAGACUUCUACAAGCGACUGCUCUUGGUGCUACUGGAACAGAGAGGCAACAGUGCUACUAAUGGAGGGGUUAUCCAACUUGCUCCUGCUGAUCUUCAGGAACUUAAGGUCAAGAAGAAGAGAGCGAACGUGGACACGAAGGCUUCGAAGGGAAGAAAGUUGAGGUACCACGUUCAUGAGAAGCUUCAGAAUUUCAUGAUGCCAGAUGAUUCGCUGUCAUGGCAUGGUCAACAGAUAGAUGAAUUCUUUUCAAGUUUAAUGGGUCAAAAGAGGCGGAUGCUUGAUGAGCAGUCUGAGGACGAAGAGGACGAUGGUAUGAUUCCAGUGUCGCAGCUCUUCAGGAAUGUUGCAGUUGCUUGA